AUGUUGGUCAACGAUUUAGAGAUGGUGAUUGUGGGUUUGACUGGUGGUAUAGCUACAGGCAAAAGCUCCGUGUCGGAAAUGUUUCGUGAUCAUGGAAUGCAUGUGGUGGAUGCUGAUCUUAUUGCUAGACAAGUUGUCGAACCUGGACGACCAGCUUAUUUGGAACUUCGAUCUGCAUUUGGUGAUGAAUUCUUCGAUGCUUCAAGUGGCAUGCUUGAUCGGCCAAAAAUGGCUGCUGUCGUUUUCAACGAUGUCGAGAAACGGCGAAAGCUGAAUUCAAUUUUGCAUCCGGCUAUUCGUUGGGAGAUGUUCGUACAGAUGCUCAAGUAUCUGCUCUUCGGUAGUCAUUAUAUCGUGCUCGACACACCUCUUCUUUUCGAAUCCGGCUACCAUAAAAUUCUCUGGACAGUCAUCGUGGUUUGGUGUGACGACGACACCCAACUGAAUCGACUGAUGUUACGCGACAAUCUGACAAAAGAGGAAGCACUGUCGAGAAUUACCAGCCAAUUUCCGAUACGAAAAAAGAUGGAGUUGGCUACGAUUCUAAUAGACAACAACGGAACGAAAGAAGAUUUACGAACAAAGGUUCGACCUUAA